AUGAAGAGAGACUCUGUUUUCAGGCUCAAUCAUUACCCUCCAUGCCCUGAUGAUCAGUUUAAGGGCAGAAAUUUGAUUGGUUUUGGUGAACACACUGACCCCCAAAUCAUUUCUGUUUUGAGAUCUAACAACACUUCUGGUCUUCAAAUCUCAUUGAAAGAUGGCAAUUGGAUUUCAAUCCCUCCUGAUCAAAAUUCAUUCUUCAUUAAUGUUGGUCACUCAUUACAGAUUGUUGGAAGGCGAGGCUUGCACCGUUUUCAAUUGACGCUUAACUCUCGAACUGAGCAAAUUUUCGUCGGUCACUUACUCCCACAGGCUUUGGCACCUUAUUCGAAGAAAAUGGCAUGUAGAGUUCAAUACUCUAUGCAAAACAGCCUCUGGUUCUUAUCAUCGUCUCGUUUCUAUAGUCAAAUACAAUCCCAGAGAGUCCAUUCCAGACACCAAAAGUAUUUUUGCAAGCAAUUGCUCUUGAGUUCUUCUUUCUCGAAAGGAGUUCGCUCUUGCAGUUGCAGUGCUACGACUAGCAAUAUUGAUGCCGAUAUAAAUAAUUCAAAUGCAGAGGCAUUUGUCCUCACCACUCCACUUUAUUAUGUAAAUGCCCCUCCUCACAUGGGCAGCGCCUACACCACCAUAGCCGCUGAUGCCAUUGCGCGUUUCCAGAGGCUUCUCAGGAAGAAGGUUAUAUUUAUAACUGGCACAGAUGAGCAUGGAGAAAAGAUUGCUAGUGCAGCAGCUGCCAAUGAUUCCAGCCCAAGCAAGCACUGUGAUUCUGUUUCACAAGCUUAUAAGUCACUCUGGAGAGAUUUAGACAUUGCUUAUGACAAGUUCAUUCGGACGACUGACUCAAAACAUGAAGCCCUAGUGAAGGAAUUCUAUUCUAAGGUACUUGCCAAUGGUGAUAUCUACCGCGCUGAUUACGAGGGAUUAUACUGUAUCAAUUGUGAGGAAUACAAGGAUGAAAAGGAAUUAUUGGAAAAUAAUUGCUGUCCCAUGCACCUAAAGCCAUGUGUUCGAAGGAAGGAAGACAAUUACUUCUUUGCCCUAUCAAAGUAUCAAAAACGGUUGGAAGAUACUUUAACAGAAAACCCAGAUUUUGUCCAGCCUUCUUUUCGUUUGAAUGAGGUUCAAGGUUGGGUCAAAAGUGGCCUGAGAGAUUUCUCCAUCUCACGAGCAUCAGUAGAUUGGGGCAUUGCAGUUCCUAAUGAUGAUAAACAAACUAUUUACGUAUGGUUUGAUGCUUUGUUGGGUUAUAUAUCUGCUCUAUUGGAUGAUAAGGAGCAGCCUAAUUUACAAACUGCCAUUUCUUCUGGCUGGCCUGCGUCUCUGCACUUGAUUGGCAAGGAUAUAUUACGAUUUCAUGCUGUUUAUUGGCCAGCAAUGCUCAUGUCAGCUGGACUAAGCCUCCCAAAGAUGGUUUUUGGCCAUGGAUUCUUGACUAAGGAUGGCUUGAAAAUGGGAAAGUCAUUGGGAAAUACACUUGAGCCAAAUGUCUUGGUUCACAGAUUUGGCUCUGAUGGAGUCAGGUACUUCUUUCUCAAGGAGGUGGAAUUCGGUAGCGAUGGGGACUACUCAGAGGACCGUUUUAUCAAUAUUAUUAAUGCGCAUCUUGCAAACACGAUUGGAAAUCUACUUAACCGGACACUUGGACUUUUGAAAAAGAAUUGUCAAUCAACUUUGGCUAUUGAUUCAGCUAUUGCAGCAGAAGGAAAUGCAUUGAAGGAUACUGUGGAGGAACUGGUCGAGAAAGCCAGACAACAUUACGAAAACCUAGAGCUGUCAUCAGCAUGUGAGGCAGUUUUAGAGGUCGGUAAUGCCGGGAAUGUGUAUAUCGAUGGACAAGCGCCAUGGUCUCUUUUUAAGCAAGGGGGUUCUGCCUUUGAAACUGCAGCAAAGGAUCUGGUGAUUGUAUUGGAAGCAUUAAGGAUCAUAGCAAUUGCUUUGUCCCCAAUCACUCCAAGUUUAUGUUCGAGAAUAUACACUCAGCUUGGUUAUUCCGAAGGCCAGUUCAAUGCUGUUACCUGGAAUGAUACAAAAUGGGGUGGGCUGAAGCGUGGUCAGGUCAUGGCUCAACCAAAUCCUGUUUUUGGUAGGAUUGAACUUGAGACUGAAGCAAAAAAUGCAGGUGAUUCGACCAAGAAAGCAAGUAAGAAAAUGAACAAGACGCCGAAGACCCAAAAGGCAGUUGAAGCCUAG